CGCGGUAUCAAUCUCAAUCGAUAGACUUGGCCACUUGGGUUUUAUAUAUGAUAAUAUUUAAUUUCAACCAAUAGAUUCAAUAAAUAUUUAUACUCAUCAAUGAUAGAUAUUCACUCACUAAAAAUAAUUUUAUUAAUAGUCUUAUUAGUAUUAUCCUUUAUAUUUGUACUCCUGCCUUAUAGGAUAUUAUCUUUUGCUCAAUCACAUCAAAAUAAUAUUCAGAGAUUAAUAUAUGAAAGGGUAUUUUCUUUUCUAAACUGUUUUGCUGCUGGCGUAUUCUUGGCAACAUGUUUUUUGGACUUAUUGCCAGAAGUGAGAACUAUAAUGAAAAAGGCUCUUAAAUUAUAUAAUAUUUACCCACGUCAUGAUAAAAAAAUUGAUUCAAAUGAUAUUAAUGAAGGAUUUCCAGUCUCUGAAUUUGUAGUUGUAUUUGGAAUCUUUCUUAUUCUAAUUAUUGAACAAAUUGCUUUGGUCUUUAAAGAAAAAUAUUUUAGAAGCUCUAGAAGUCAACCACAUUCAAAUCAUGCUCAUUUUUCAGCAAUGCCUCAUACUAAUCUAUCAAGUAAAACUGAUCCUAAUAUAAAUUCAAUUGUUAAAUCAGAAAAUCAUAUACAUAAUGUUAAUCACAUACAUAAUGUUAAAGUUUUAGUCCACCAAGAAAAUUAUUCAAAUGGAGGUUUAGAAGACAAUAUUAUUGAUGAUCAGGAUAGAGAAAAAUUACCAAUAUUAUUACAUAAGAACUCCACAGAUAAUAAUAACUAUGGGUAUGGUUCAAUUAGCCCUAAUACUGACCAUAAUAAUCUUACAGAUAAAAAUAGCAGUGAUUACUCUUUACAUCCAAGCACUUCCCUUUUGCACAAAAUAUGUAAUACUAUUGACCAUCAAACACCUUGUUCUUUAUAUGACAAAGAAUCCAAUUUAACUAGAUCUCGUAUAAGGCAUAACACUGGUUCAUUAGUUAAAUUUUCAAUAAAUGAAGAAUUAAAUGAUGAACUUGAUCCUCCUAUUCUUUAUAAAUCACCAGACCACCCUAUAAAAUCACAUAAUGCAAAUGAUAUUGCUGAAACCCCUGAAUAUAUGGAAGUUAUUAAUGACAGUCAUGAUCUCUUAUUGUAUGACCAUGAUGAGGAGUUUACAACAAAUGCUAAAGAUACAUCAUUGUUCUUACAUCCUGAUAUAACUCGAAAGUCUGAUUCAAAAGUCACUCCUAGACUUAGAUCAAAUAAAUCUCUACAUCAUCAUCAUCACCAUCCAGUUCAUCAUUUAUCAGCUGAUGAAGAGUGUGGCCAUCCUCCUUUCAGACUUUAUAUUCUUGUUCUUUCAUUAUCUGUUCAUUCACUCUUUGAAGGAAUGGCAGUAGCACUUCAACCCACUGGUGCAGGAAUUUUAUCCCUAUUUGGUGCUCUUUGUUUCCACAAGAUAACAGUAGCUUUUAGUCUUGGGCUCAAUUUGGUUCAAUCGACAUCUCGAAAAAUAAAGUUUUGGCCUCAUUUAGUUGUAUGUGGUGCUAUAUUUAGCUCUAUGUCACCCCUUGGUAUAGCUUUGACAUUCAUGCUAGAAGAUGAUCUUGGUAAUAAUAGUUAUGAUGAAAAUAUUUUGUUAAACCUACCAAAGGAAAACAUAUCACAAUCAAAUUUAAAUUAUCAAAAUAUAAUAGCAUACCUACCUAAUAACACACAUCGUUUUAAUAAUAUUGAUUUAAAAAGUGGAAUAUUGAUUCAAUCAUUUUUUGAUGAAACUAAACAUGGAAGCAACAUAUUAAUGGAAGAAGAGAUUCAUGAUAUAAGCAAACAUAAUCCAAAGCCCUGGGUAGUUUUAACUAGUGCUAUAUUGCAAGGAAUAGCAUGUGGCACAUUUUUAUAUGUUACCUUUUUUGAGCUUUUACCUCAUGAAAUGAAUUCAUCCCAAAACAGAUUGUUAAAAGUUAUAUUUUUAAUAGUUGGGUUUUCUUUUAUGACUGGUUUUAUUGUUUAUGAUACAUAUUACAAAAUUUAAGCAUAUAGAAUUUUAAAAUCAUUUGCUUUAAUCUUGGGAAAUAUUAUAUUACGUUGAGAUUCAUGUGAAUUAUAUAUUAAUGUUUAAAAUUAUAGUAUUUUUUUUAUACAUUUAAAAUUUUUUUUAUUAUCAUCUCAAAGUUUUAUAGAUUAGAACAUUUUAAAUACUAUAUAUAAAUUUUUUAAAUAUUUUUUUAUAAAUUAAAGUAAUAGA